UAUUUUGUCCUUACUUAAAGUCGACGUGGUAAUAAUGAGUGGGAAUAAAGGAAAGAUAAGACUAAAACCCCUACACGAGUUGCAAUCAACUCCAGAACAUAUCGAGCUUACAGAACUCAAAACACCAGAGAAGAAGAAAAAGGCGGGAAAAGUUCGUGCUGCAACAACACAAAAAAAGCAUAAAGAACUGUAUAAAAAUGAUCAACAAAUUGUAGCUAAUCGCACUGCGAUCAAGCGCAGCACCAGGAAGGACCAGCCACCAAAUAAUCAAUUGCGGAUUGACUCAUUUUUUAAAAGUGCUGCAAAAACAUUCAAAGUAGAAACAUUACCGUCGCCAUCCACGACUAAAUUGAACAUAAACACCAGCCAAAGAAAACCGAAACAGAAAGGGCGCAAGCGUCUAUUCGAUGAGGAAACAACAAGCGAAUCUGAAAGCAACCUUAAAUCUGUUCGGUUGCCCAAAAGAGCGCAUUUGCCGCGCAAAGCGAAGACAGUAAUGGAUUUGGUCUGCAUUGAUCUUUGUUCCGAUCCAGAAGAUGUGAGAGAAGUAAAGGGAGAAUCGCCGUCUUCUGAGAAGACAAUUAUAACCAAAGAAGACUUUCAGUCUCAGGUCUUUGUUACCAUAUCCCCACAGAUAGAGCCCGUUUAUAGUAAAAGACAAUAUCGCUCAACUGAAAAAAUAGGAUCACAAGCACCUGUAGUUGAAUCCAAAUCGCUGUUAGCAACAGCCAAAGUGCAAUCACCUAUGGUAGAAAUCCCUCUACAAAAUCUUGCUGGCAAGACAAGUGGUACACCUAGCGAGAUUAUUGCCGUAGGUGCAUCAUCCAAAGAAAAUGUACCAAUUGGACGUCGUCGUAAAUCGCGUUUAUGUCCGCCUUAUAAAGUCAUUCAAGGCACAACUUUUGCAGUUGAUGGAUUUCAGUUUGGUGAUAUACCCAACGUAACUCAUUACUUCCUCACUCAUUAUCAUGCUGAUCAUUAUGUUGGUCUAACGCGAAAAUUUCAACAUCCGCUCUAUAUGAGCCCCACAACGGCGCGCCUGGUGCGCACCUUUAUUCCUAUUGAUAACAAAUAUAUUUUCGAAAUGGAGAUUGAUAAUCCAUUUAAAUUGAACAAUAUUGAAAUAACCGCCAUUGAUGCUAACCACUGUCCGGGUGCUAUCAUGCUGUUCUUCAAACUUCCCAGCGGUGAAUGCAUUCUGCACACAGGCGAUUUUCGAGCUAGUUUUGAAAUGGAAUCGCUGCCAAUAUUUUGGAACUAUAAUGUAGAUUUGUUGUAUUUGGAUACAACAUAUUUGUCAAGCAAAUAUGAAUUUUGCCAUCAGACCGAGAGUAUUGAUCGCACGUUGGCACUCGUGCGUGAAUUCCGGAAGAAAAAUGCAUUAAAGCGCAUACUUUACGUCUGUGGGUCAUAUAUCAUUGGAAAGGAGAAGGUAUGGCAAGCUCUUGCCGACGAGUUUAAUCUCUCUGUAUGGACAGAACCGCACCGUCGGAAAGCUAUAGACUGUUUGCAAUGGCCUGAACUAAAUCUGCGUCUCUAUGAUAAUGAGGAUAACGCUGAUUUACACAUCUUGACGAUGGGUCGGUUAAGCUACCCGCGCCUUGUAGAGUAUUUCGAAAAAUUCUCUUCCAAAUACGACAUGCUUUUAGCUAUACGUCCCAGCGGCUGGGAAAAGGAUUCGAAACCAUCAUAUGGCAAAAAAAUAAGUAUCAUUGGUGUCGAAUAUUCUGAGCAUUCCAGUUACAAAGAGUUAGAACGCUUUGUACGGUUUCUGAAACCAAAGCGAGUUAUUAGCACAGUUCCAGUCAAUAGGGACUUGUUUCUCACAGGGAAGGUGCCUGAGAAAUGGUACCGCUUUACGGGUAUUCCGGCAAUGCUUUCUAAUGGAUAUCAACCAUCUAUAUCAACCUACCUCAAAACUCCAAAUACAAAGCCAAAGUGCAAAAUAAUCGCGACUGGCACAAUGACUUUAAGUCCAUUCAAAAACGAAAAUGAGCACUUCGAUGACGGCAGGAGUGAAAUUAUUGAUUUGGUUUCCGAAAUAGACGCAUCGAAUGGUACAACGCCACCAAAUAAAGUAAUCAAAGUUGAGAAAACUCCUAGUAGAAUUACUUCGGAUGCUUCCGAUGAUUGGUUAGCAUAGUAUUUGUUUAUACAACUUCGUUUAUGGGCAUUUAUCAAUUUUAGUUCAUACCUAUAAUAAUACUAUUUUCUUAGUUGCGCCCUUAUUGUUAUAUUUUUUGGCAUUCUUUAUGAUACACUGUUAAGCUAAGAUACUGUUUUGUAUAGAAGGCAAUUAUUUUAAAAGGCUUCUAUCGUCAAGCCAUAUAUGUAAAUGAACCGCUGUUAUAAAUAUAACUGCAGAACAAAAUGAAGAUAUUCAACUUUCCUUGACAUUUCCAUAUUGACUUCAUAUAUUUUUGCUAAUUCUUAUUGUUCACAUACAUAAAUAGUACUUAUCAAUUAAUGCUCUAAACAAGUGUGCAAGCUUCCCAUACGUGCGUGUUUAUAACUUUUUGCUUCGUAUAAGUUACAUUUUAGUUAAACUAAAAAGAAAUCGUACUUAUAUGCAUUAUUUUUUCACACUUGCCACUUGUUCUUUAAAUUUGUGUUUUUAGCUAAUGUUUAAUGGAUACAUACAAAAUGAAAUUAAAUGUAGUUAAAUGAUUGAA